AUGGGUCUUCCAGCGAUUAUCUAUAGCUCUAUGCCCUCAGAUCCACUCUUCCAAAAAAAGAAUUAUUUCACACCUCUUUUCUUAUCAAAAUACAACAUGAAGCAGUAUUUGAGAAAUUACUUAAUAAUUGCUGCCUUCUGUUGUAUUGGAGUGAUACUGUCUGCAGAAUCUUCAGAAGUUGAAAGAAAUCGUGCUGUUGAAUCUCAAAACUAUGCAUUUAUGGACAAACCAAAUGGAUACCAACGCCGAAUGCUACCCCAUCUUUUACGAAUUCGAAGAGACUUUGGAUUUAAUUUCAAGGAGCCUGAAUAUGAGCAAGUAUGUGGACCAUAUAAAGUAUCAGAUGCCUUGUCUGCUGAGCGAACUCCAUGA